AUGAAAAGAAUAAAGGAAUCAUUGCAUAAUGAAAACAUUAAUGAAGUUUUUAUUUCCUACAAUGAGAUAGUACAAAAUAAUGAAAGUGAAACCAGCGUAGAAUCAUACAAAGAUGUAAAUGAUUUUUUGGAAAAUUCGGAUGAGUCUAGUUCCAGUAGCUCAAGUGAAAAUGAACAAUCAGAUUCUUGCAAUUCACAGCCCAUAGAUGAAAAAAAUAAUUUGUCUUCAUUUGGUAGUAAUAAUUUUAAAUCAAAAAACGAAAAAAAAGAAAAAAAAUUAAAAAAAUCCCAUUCAGUUAGCUACAUAGAACAUAUGACCAGUAAUGAAAACAUUCCAUUUAAAAAUUGUAGAACCAUAAGUUAUGAUUUGGAUAGAAACAAAGUAUUGGAAGAUUUUCAUUGGAAGCCUGUAGGGAAAAAUGUCCCAGAUAUUUCUUCAAUAAAUUUGUCUCGAAAAAAGGCUUGGGAUAUAGGAAAAGAAGGUUGUAAUGGAAUACUUAUUAAAAAUAUAUUUGAAAGUUAUAAACAAAAAAAAUUGAAUUACAUGGUAUUAGACGGCACUAAUAUAGAGACAUUUUUAACAGUCUAUUCGCACUCUUACCAAGAAACAAUAAAAGGCAUAAAUCCUAGUGUGGUGAAAAUAUUCAGCUUUUAUGACUUAGCUAGCGCUCAUUACAUAUAUGAUUUGAAACAAAUCCAUAUAUUUAAAAAUUCCAAAGAUAAGCAAAAAAAUAAAACCAUGAUAUUAAAAGGAUUAAAUGAUAAUUUUUAUAAUUCUAUAUUAAUAUGUAUGGAUGAAACGAUUCGGUAUUUAAAAUAUUCUAAUAUUAAAAAUAGUAUGUUAAAAAAAUUGGAUCAAAAGAUUAAAAGAAAAAACACUAAAGAUGAAAAUAAAUUAGACAAAAAAACAUAUUUUGUAAAAUCAGUUCAAAAUGAAAAAAAUAUAUAUAACGAUAAUAUAAAAGAUGUAAUAUCUUUUAAUAAAAAGAAAAAAAUGAUCAAUAGUGAUGCUUAUUUAAGUGAUAAUAAAAAGGACAAAUCAAAUAAAAAUUUCUCAAGCAAUAGUAAUCCCGUUUCUGAUGCAGAUAUUGAUUAUAAUAAAGAAAAAAGUAAUACCUUUUUAGAAAAUAUGUCAUCUAAUAAUAAUGAAGAAUAUGAUCAUGCAUAUAUAAAUUAUAUUAUGAAAAAAGAAGAAAGAGAAUUAAAUAAAUCUGGUAAAAUGAAUAACAGUAAUCUUGAAUAUUCAUCUCAUACAUCUGAUAGCAAUGUACCAUAA